ACACACACACACACACACACACACACACACACACACACACACACACACACAGCAUAUAGACACUGACUGAGCUGAAAAUGUGUGUUUGUUAAUUCUUCUCAGCAGAAGCCAGUUGACUGAGAAGUCGGCUCCUUCUCUAAAUUAGUCAAGAAUAACGAAGCCUCUCUGUAUCUCUCCCGCAUUGGUACAUUCCAGGAGAGGUUGCUACAAUUUUAUCUGGAAUUCUCACCUAUCUUGUUUGUUACGUUGACUCACAACCUUUCAAGGGUUAUUAGAGGGGGGUACUUCCAAGCAAAGUUCGUCAUCACCUUCCUGUCAAGCUGUCGAUAGACAGGGAUUGCUGCGUCUUGGGAAAUAGUUAGCUGUAGCUGUUGCUCUAAAUUGUGACCUCUCUGUGCAUUACAACGAGACAGUAGCCUAUCAGCCUCCUAACAUACACUAUGAUGUUAAUUAAUUAAUAUAUUCAUGACAUAAUAUUUGGAAGUUAAACAAACAGGCCGCUUUUAAUUUACGCCCAUUUACGUCAAUCUAUCCCAAAAUGGUCCGCCUAAUGACACGUCAACCGGUAUCUUAACAACUUCCGUUUUGUUGCCCCCGGAACAGGAAGUGGUAGUGACGUGUUAGAUCCGCCUACUUUGGCUCCUUAACAGUCGUCAUUUCACAUCGUUUCAGUAGUUGCUGCUGUCGUUUUCAAAGAGGCGACGUCGUUUGUCGAGAUGACCAAUGUGUUACUGCGUACAUUAAGCUUUCCAAUGACGAAAUAUGGAGGCAUCAAUGCAGCUAGAGCGCCAGAACCAAAGACACCUAAAGGGAUAAUGUCUCAUAUCAGACAUAAAGUAGCCAAGGGGCGUGGUCGGUACAUUGAUUCUUCGUUUGACUUGGAUCUGACUUACAUCACUGAACGUAUUAUUGCAAUGUCUUUUCCUGCUACUGGUUUGGAAAGCACCUACAGAAACAACCUAGAAGACGUUGCCAGGAUGCUACAACAGAAGCACCAGGACAAGUUCAUGGUCUUCAACCUCUCCGACCGAAGCUAUGACGUCACAAAACUCAAUUUUCAGGUUCUCGAUUUCGGGUGGCCUGACCAUUUGGCGCCUCCAUUAGACAGACUCUGCAGCAUAUGCAAGUCUAUUGAUUCAUGGCUUGCUUCUGAUCCCCUUCACGUUGUGGUGGUUCACUGCAAAGGUGGAAAGGGACGAACUGGAACUGUUAUAUCCGCAUAUAUGCAUUACAGCAAUGUUUGUCAAAGUGCCGAAGCUGCACUAGAUCAGUUUGCUAUGAAACGAUUUUACGACAACAAAUUAGGAGGUGUUACUCAACCAUCACAACGACGAUAUGUUCACUACUUCUCUGAUCUCCUCAAGAACAAGAUAACACUGAUUGACACACCUGUUUUACUUCACACGUUUAUCCUUCAUGGAGUUCCCAACUUUGAUGGCCGUAAUGGCUGCCGCUUGUUUCUUAAAAUAUACCAGAACUUGGAGCUUGUCCACACAACCGAUGUCCAUGUUGGAACGGUCGGUCAAGAGCGCAUCAAGAUAACGUUUCCUGAGGAAUUGGAGUUGGCAGGAGAAGUUCUGGUCAAAGGUUUUCAUAAGACGUUGUCUGGUCGAGACAUUGUGUUUCGCUGUCAGUUUCAUACGUGUGUUUUGACUGACUAUGUUUUGGUGUUGGAGAAAUCGGAGCUGGACGAAUCAUUUAGAGACAGGCGGUUCCCAGAUGCUUCAAGAGUAGAAUUUGUCUUUUCUCCACCUCUUGUUGAAAUUCAAAAAGGAGAAACUAUUCGUAAAGCUCUUCAAAGAAACAGUAAAGAGAUAAUGGAAGGUGUGGACUUAAAAGCAAUUUCAUUAGAUAAAGAUGUAGCUCAGCACGAGGAGCGUACACAGCCGGAUGGAGAGAAUAACCAGUCUAGCCCAUGUAACACGGAGCAUUACAAAGGGCCACUGGAUGAGAGUUUGUACGCAAAACCUGGUAUGAAGGCAAAGAAAGCUGAAGGACAGGAUGCAAAUGAAGGUGUAAGUUCGGACUGUGUACUCGGAUCGCCUGUCGUCUCUCUCAAAGAGAAUCGCAGACUCAGUGAAUUUGAACUCAAUUGGUAUCGUCGUGUCCAAGAAGCCGGAAUUCCUCUCCAAGUCAAAUCAGCCACGGCAUCAGACGGCACAAAACUUUCCUGCCACUCCGACUGGCACAUCGAGGAGCUCGAGGACCCAAUCAUAGACACCAGAAUGACCUCAAAGUUAGGCAUGCCAUACCAUCCAAAAUCAAAGAGCAUUCCAACUAGAUUUUCGAGCAGCAGCAGCGCUCAAGGUUGGGGUUCAUUUUGUGGUGAUUUUGGAAGAUUCGAUGACUGCGUGUUCGCUGAGCCGCAACGGAUUAGUUAUUCGUCAAGAGCGAGAAGCCUCGAUGCCGUACUGGAGAACAUCGGAGUGCCAGACUGUCGUAACUCGUAUGACGCUUGGGUUCAGUCGAAACACAACAAAGGGUCGCCUUGUUUGACACGUCAGGCAGCGAUAGUGUCAGACAGUGUCUUGACAACGCCUUGCAGUAGCUUUGAUCAGGACUGUUUGAUUCAAUUGUCUCCGGCUGUAUCUCGAGGCUCAAGUAUGGCUAACGGUUCUCGAUCAUUGAGUUCGAAUCCGUUUGAUAACCUCGAUGAGGAGGCGUUGAGGAAGCUGAGAUUAGAAGUCGAGAAGAGGAAGGAUAAUCCGUUUGCGGACGUACUUGCAGGGGCUGGUGGUGAAAGGGAAAUCGCCGAGUAUGAUAAUCAAACGAAAAUGCCUAGCAACCAGCCGCCCAGUCAACUUCAAAUUCCCAAGUCUGUAGAGUCAGAUACGGCUUUUAUUACGUCUCCUCGUACUCUCUCAGGCAUCAUGUUGGUCGAUUCUCUUCCAUCACCUGAACAAAAGAAAGCUCUGUUUUUUACCAAUCGAUGGGGCGGCUCAUCACAGUCAAAAGGAUCGAUAGAUGGGGACUUAAACGCACCGAAACCGGAUGGCGUGGUAGCAUCUUCGUGUGUAAGUAUCGUUCAUGCAAGUCGGCAAGAACCUGUUGGUCAGUCAUCAGAGUUUGCUGCUUCGUAUGCAUCUGAUGGGCCGCAGAGUCCAGCGAGGCAGGGAGGCAGCAAGAAGAACAAGCCGGUGUUGCCUCCAAGGCGACCUGAAGGGUUGAACUUGGGGAAGCAGUUCUGGUACAAACCGGCGCUGUCAAAAUUGGAGGCCGAAACUGCUCUUGCUCAUAGCACUCCAGGGACGUUCAUCGUAAGAGACAGCCAGUCACUCAAGGACAGCUACAGUCUUGUGAUGAAAGCCACACACAGCUACUACGAUUCUUCCACUAAACGAGCGGGUGGAGUCAAGCACUUUCUGAUAAUGAAGACCGAAAAGGGGUUCAAGUUGAAGGGAUCUACGGAGCCGUCGUUUAGUAGUCUGACGCAGUUUGUGCUGCAGCAUUCUAUUGCUGCUAUGCAGUUGCCAUGUAAACUGGUUAUUCCAAUGAAAGAUUGUGGAUUGACAUCACCACCUGUGAAGAUGCUAACAGAUCACAAUACACAUGAUCCAAACGCUCUCAUUCCUCCUCCCAAACCGCCUCUUCGAGCAACUAAAUCUAAUCCUCCCACUUUGCCUCCACCAAACAGAGAAGGUCCUACACGCUAUGGUGCAGAUGGGCCGGCAGUCAAACUAUCAGACACUGCAAUAGAAAUGCUCACCCGAGGUGCUGCGACUGAGAUCACGUAUCUCAUGUCUGCAGAUGUUCCACAAUGCAGUGGACCCAAUGUCGUACGAUCAGCUGUCAGUCAGUUUAUUUCACGAGGUCCAUUGCAGAGACCGACGCCUGUACAUUUUGAAGUCAACAUUUCUGGCUUACUGUUGAUUGACAAGAAACAAACAGUUUUCUUUCGACGUCAUUAUCCAAUUCGAUCAGUGACGUACUGUGUAGUGGAUCCUGAUAAUAGAAAGUGGAUUUCAGCUGCACAGAGGGACAGACCAAGUGAAGAGAGAAGCAUCUUUGGUGUUGUCGCUCGCAAGCCUGGUACAAUGGAGAGAUACGUGUGUCACCUGUUUGCAGAAAACGCCAUCACACAGCCAGCUACAGCAAUAGUCAGCUUUAUCAAUCGAGUAAUGGAGCUGUCAGCAAUGCAGUAGCGACGAAACUAUAGCAAUGGUAUUGCUGACCUUGAGUUUUAAUAGUGUCAAUAAUUAAUUAGUUAAUUAGUUUCUAUUAUAGAUUGGAUAUGUAAUUACUACUUGUAAGACAUAUUUGAUAGCAAUUGAAUUCAAAAUAUUAUGGCACUACGUGUAGGUACAGUACACCCACCAUGUGUGGGCGUGGUAGUGAGAAUAGUGGUUGUGUAUAUAUGUGUCAACAACUUUUGUGAAAUGUACCGGAUGUGACGCA